AGGGACUGGCGUGUGGCAGGCACGUCGCGUGUCUCUCUGCCCUUGCACUUCUCUUAGCCUCACACGCACUCCUGUACUUUACUUGGAGGGAAGUGACUGAACCCGUUCCCCUCCAAAAGACACCUGCGGCCCGUCCUGCCUUCUCCUACUCACAACGCACUGCCCCCUCCUCCCCCAGGAGGCGAGACUUGGUCUGACCCUCCGCGUGACGUCACCUCGGAGCCCCGCCCCCAAGGGUCCCUGGCCCUAGGCGGCUGGGGCAGCCCGGGGGGGGUGUCGGUAGAAGCGAAGCGGCAGCGGCUGGACCCCGGAGAGGGCUGGAGACCAACGGGAACCAGACCGGGCCAUGCCGAGGAAGAAGCCCUUCAGCGUGAAGCAAAAGAAGAAACAGCUGCAGGACAAGCGGGAGAGGAAACGAGGGCUGCAGGAUGGGUUUCGCUCCAGCUCCAACAGCCGCAGUGGGAGCCGGGAGCGGAGGGAGGAACAGACUGACACCUCUGACGGAGAAUCUGUGACCCAGCAGAUCCGUCGCCUCAACCAGCAGCCAACCCACGGCUCUGGCCAUCGCUAUGACCCCAAUAGAUACCGACUACACUUUGAACGAGAGAGCCGGGAAGAGGUGGAGCGGAGAAAGAGGGCUGCUCGAGAACAAGUGCUGAAACCAGUCAGUGAGAAAUCUCUGGAGCUUGACAUUGGAGACAUCUACCAUCCAGGCUCCAAUCUAGACUUUCCCCGUCGCCCCCCUUGGAACUAUGAGAUGUCUAGGGAGCAAUUGAUGAGCCAGGAGGAACGGAGCUUCCAAGAAUAUCUGGGGAAGAUCCAUGGGUCCUACACCUCUGAGCAACUCAGCUACUUUGAGCACAAUCUGGAGACUUGGCGACAGUUGUGGCGGGUGCUAGAGAUGUCUGAUAUCGUCCUCCUCAUCACAGACAUACGACAUCCGGUCAUCAACUUUCCCCCAGCUUUAUAUGAGUAUGUGACGGGAGAACUAGGGCUGUCACUGAUACUGGUGUUGAACAAGGUAGACCUGGCUCCCCCAGCUCUCGUCGUAGCUUGGAAGUAUCACUUUCGCCUGCACUACCCCCGGCUCCACCUUGUUCUUUUCACGUCUUUCCCUCGGGACCCCCAAACCCCACAGGACCCAAAGACUGUAUUGAAGAAGCGCCGGAAGCGAGGAAGGGUCUGGACUCGUGCCCUGGGACCAGAACAGUUGCUAAGGGCUUGUGAGACCAUUACUGCAGGAAAAGUGGACUUAAGCAGCUGGAAAGAAAAGAUGGACCGGGAUGCAUCUGGAGCAAGCCGGGAGACUGGCUCAGGGGAGGAAGAGGAAGAUGAAGAAGGACCAGCGGUGUUGGUGGAGCAGCAAACAGAUGUAGCUCUGGAACCAACCGGCCCAGCCCAGGAACGAUAUAAGGAUGGAGUUGUGACUAUUGGCUGUGUGGGUUUUCCUAAUGUGGGAAAGUCAUCCCUGAUCAAUGGGCUGGUUGGACGGAAGGUGGUGAGCGUUUCCAGAACCCCUGGCCACACCCGUUACUUUCAGACAUAUUUCCUCACACCCACUGUUCGGCUCUGUGACUGCCCUGGCCUUAUCUUUCCUUCCCUGCUGCCCCGACAAUUGCAGGUCUUGGCUGGGAUCUAUCCCAUUGCUCAGAUCCAGGAGCCCUACACAUCUGUGGGCUACCUGGCCUCCCGAAUACCUAUCCAGGCACUUCUUCGGCUGAGACACCCUGAAGCUGAGGAGUCAGGACAUGAGCCUCCUUGGUGUGCCUGGGAUAUCUGUGAAGCCUGGGCUGAGAAGCGUGGUUACAAGACAGCCAAAGCAGCUAGGAACGAUGUGUACCGAGCAGCCAACAGCCUCCUUCGGCUGGCUGCUGACGGACGGCUCAGCCUUUGUCUUCGUCCACCGGGCUACAGUGACCAGCGAGCCUCCUGGGAGUCCCAUCCAGAAACCUUGGAGCUGGUGAUGAUGCAGGGGAGGGUGGGACUGUCGGGUGAGGAUGAGGAUGAGGAAGAAGAGCUGAGCAGUUCUGGGGAAGAGGAGGGAGAGGAGGACCGAGAUGCCGAUGAGGAGGGUGAGGGGGAUGAAGACACCCCCACCCCUGCCCGGCCUUCAAACCUGGCAGGCCCAAACCCUUAUGCCCUGCUGGGUGAGGAUGAAUGCUGAAUCUCCAUCUUUUAUUCCUCCCAUUCAACAUCCUUGCUCUUGGACUGAUUGGGGGUACCCCUGUUCCAUCUCCCCAACUGUGAAUAAAGAUAACCUGGUUUGUUAGCCCCCUUCCCAUCUGGACUAAAGCUGAGGUUGAAUUGUUAUCCUAGCAGUUGGAGGUCUCAUCCUAACCUUCACCCAAAGACCCCUUCCUUCAGGGGCCCUGGUUAAUAAUAGUCCUUUGGAAAUAGGGUCUAAUAUAUUGAGUCCCUAUUCCCAUCUUUAUUGCUCCUCUUUUCUCCUAAUGUCUUGUUACUAAAGAGCAGAUGGGGGACAGUUCCUGCCAGUAGGGUCUGGUCUAAUCCCAGGCUCCUCAGUGUAGCACACAGAAACCCUUCUCUUACUACUCUAAAGUUGGCACCAGAUCCAGAUCUCUCCUACUAGGAGAAGGGACGGGAUGUUCAGGAAAAGCCUUAAUAGACCUAUUAUAGAAUGUGUCCUAGGGAAACCAUCCCCUAGUUCCUGUGUCAAGGUCAGAGGUAGAACAGUGUGUUACCUAGGUGGUAGACUCAAGUAUGAGGCCAGAUUCUUUCUAACAGAGAGGCCUCAUCCUCAGGCACACACGUUUUAAUAUUGAAAAAGUUUGUUCUCCCACAGUUCCUGACUGCACAUUUCUUAGAACUUUCUUUGAGUGCAGAAAUAAAAUAGUUUUGGAUCUUAAAAUGUACCAGGUGAUUAGGAGUUGCUGUGAGAGGGUGAAUGGACAUGGUCCCCUCCAUGAGGUCAUACAUUUUAAAUGCUUUAAGUUGACAAUAAAUAGAAAAUCAUUUUGUUGCUAAAA